UGAAACUGCAGCUGAUAAGAGUGCUUGCUUCUAAACUGGCUGACCGACCGUUUGUUUUGUUCUAAUUGAAAUUAAUAAUAAAUUUGUUUUUGUUGUUAUUGUUUUUUUUUUUAACAAACAUGACAUCGAAAUCGGACAGAGUUGCCAAUCUAACCGUAUGGUGUAAAGUGUCAUUUGUUAUGGCUGUUUGCUCCAUAAUCAUGUAUAUGUGUCUUAUGGCGAAUCAUAUAACAGGGUUAUUGCUUUAUUACCAAAUAAUUUCGAUGCCAGAGGCGAAAGACGAAUCUAAUGAAUGGCAAAAUUUCUUAACAUUUUGGUUCAGAAGUAUCAGAGUUACCAAUGUAUAUGGAGUUGUUGCUGAAUUGAUUUUGCGCAUUACCAUGUUUAUAUUAUCAAUUUUAUUGAUUUCGGGUCUUAAGCUUCAUCGUCAUCGUUUUAUAUCUCCUUGGCUUAUAAUGGGAGUUGUUAUAGUUUCCGUAGAGCUGUGCAUAGCGCUAUUCACAGUUACUGGCCCCAUUAUCAUAGGCCUCCAGACAUUGAUGUGGUUUCCGGUUUAUACAUUUUAUAAGAAAUUACGCAAAACUCGCUACUGGAAGCAAAUGGGAUUCAUUAAUACCUAUACAGUAUGGGAAGAUACAAAAAAGUUUCGCGAAUGGCGUUCAAACAUUCCAUCGCUAACAAACAAGGGAGUUGUUUAAGAUGAGAUGAAGAAACUGUUAAUAUGCAUUGUGUUUUUCAUACAUGUACAAUUUUGUAAUCCAAAUUUUUUUAUAACGAUUAUAUCUAAAUAUAUAUGUAGAAGUAGUAUAUAGAA